CCGCCUCCCGCGAGGUGCGGCCGCGCUACAUAAGCUCGGCCCCGCCGCCGCCGCCGGGGCUUUCUGCACGCAGCCCGAGGGAGGCGCUUGGCCGGUAUCGGGCAGAAGAGCGGCUGCGGGGAGAGGGUUGGCGGCGGCCGCGCGGCUCCGGGGACAGACGGGGCGGGAGGCUCCGGCGGGCAGCGGCGGAGGGUUGCGAGGUCCCUCGCGGACGGCGGCGGCCCCGCCGGAGCCCAGGCGGCCAGAGGAGGAGGAGGAGAAAGGGCGGCGGCUCUACGCCGGCGGCGGACUCGCUCCGGUAUGGCCCUGGCGGACAGCGCACGCGGGCUGCCCAACGGCGGCGGCGUGUCGCCGGCGGCAGGGAGCGGGACGGCUGGUAGCGGGCCUGCGGCGGCGGGCGGCUGGUCGUCCUUCCCCGAGAUCGUGGAGCUGAACGUGGGAGGGCAGGUGUACGUGACGCGGCGCUGCACCGUGGUCUCGGUGCGAGACUCGCUGCUCUGGCGCAUGUUCUCGCAGCAGCAGCCCAGCGAGCUGCCCCGGGACAGCAAGGGCCGCUUCUUCCUUGACCGCGACGGCUUCCUCUUUCGGUACAUCCUGGACUACUUGCGGGACCUGCAGCUAGUGCUGCCCGAGCACUUCCCCGAGCGCAGCCGCCUCCAGCGGGAGGCCGAGUACUUCCAGCUGCCGGACCUGGCCCGUCGCCUGGCGCAGGCUCGGGCCGCCGCCGCUCGCCCCGCCGCACUGCACCGCGACGGCUCGCUCUGCGCUGAAGAGCAGCCGCCGCAGCCGCUUCUCGGCUGUCUGGAGGCCGAGCCGCUGGAAGGAGGCGGCGGUGGCGGUGCCUCGGCGUCCGCCCCGUCUCCCACCGCCAGCCGCAGCCCCUCGGGCGGACCGCUGCUCACGCCCUCGCAGUCGCUGGACGGGGCGGGUGGACGGCGCUCGGGCUACAUCACCAUCGGCUACCGGGGGUCCUACACCAUAGGGCGGGAGGCGCAGGCAGACGCAAAGUUCCGACGGGUAGCCCGCAUCACAGUCUGCGGCAAGACGGCGCUGGCCAAGGAGGUCUUCGGAGAGACGCUGAAUGAGAGUCGCGACCCCGACCGCCCUCCUGAGCGCUACACUGCCCGCUACUACCUCAAGUUCAACUUCCUCGAGCAAGCCUUCGACCGUCUCUCCGAGGCCGGUUUCCGCAUGGCCGCUUGCUCCUCCACCGGCACCUGCGCCUUUGGCCCUGAGCAGGGCGGCCCUGCCGAGGAUAAGAUCUGGACCAGCUACACUGAGUAUGUCUUCUGCCGGGACUGAGCAUUUGCCCAGCCCGUGGCGGGGGGAUGAGGCGGUGGCCCCUGCAUACCCUCACACUCAUGGUCCCCUCCCGUCAUGGAGGAAGGAGGACGUGGAGGGGGGUAGUGUCCCCCUGCACUUUCUUCACCCCGGUGCAUGCGUCCAUGCACAAGUGCAGGUCAGCCUCCAGCACAGCCCCCAUCACUCCUACACGCAGCUCCUGAUGGCCGCAGGGACAGGAGGUCAUCAUGUUUCGUUUGGCCACCAUGUCCCUUUUUGUCUACCGUGUCCCUGCUCAACCUCUGUAUGCCAGCUCAUCCUGUCAUCUUCCCUCCAAUGCCUCCCAGUAGCUGUGUUGGUAGUGAGGAAGGAGAGGUAUUGGGAGUACACAAAUACUUGUCCCAGGAAAGUGUGCGUGUGUCCAGCCCCUGCCCCUGUCUGCACACAGAAGCUGAGGGAUACCUCUGUCAGGGUGGAGUGUUUUAAAACCCACCCAUUUAGGGGCUGAGGAACCUUCCAGUUGCUUUUCAGCAAUUUCUGUUGAAGGUAGCAUGACAAAUGGCUGUUUUUUUCUCAUCCCCAUGUCCUUAAGUGGGAUUUCACCUUUGUGGGUGGACCCACAGUGGUCCAUUUUAUCCUCUCACCCCAUCAAAAUGAUGCCUGUCUCUGAAGGACUGUCACAUUCAAGUGAUACCUGCCAGUGAGGGGUUGGCACUCCUGCUCAGACUUCAUCUAUAGAGAUGAGCAAUUCUGCAGGAGGCACAUGCAUGUGGCCCUUCAGGACUGGUUGCAUCCACCUCCCCUGCCUGCUCCCUAUCUUUUCGAACUCCCCUCUCCAUGUUCUUAAAUUGGACUGGGGCUUGCAUAAGCAGGUUCAUAAGGCUGAUAUGAAAGGCCAAGUUCUCUGGAUAAUCAACCAUUUGAACUAUAAUGUGUCCUCAGAGACACAUGUAUAUUUCCUUGAGAGGUAAAACAACGAUGCUUUGAAAAAUUAGAGUGCUUGUGAAUCGUAAUUUUCA